UUCCCUUUAAAACUUCCGCUUUCAGACAAGAUGGCGAACACGAUAGUCGAGUACAUGCACGAACAUGGCGGCUAUAGAUGUGGUUAUUGCGGCGGUUCCAGCACCAAUUUUUCCCACGGAAUGUGGGCACAUUCUCUUAGCGCUCAGGAUUAUCAAGACCUCAUUGACAGAGGCUGGAGAAGGAGUGGACGUUACCUAUACAAGCCCUUGAUGGACAAGAUGUGUUGCCCAUGCUACACCAUCAAAUGUGCUGCGCUGGAGUUCAAACCGAGCAAGUCACAGAGGAAAGUCAUCAAGAAAAUGAUACGGUUCCUGAGAACUGGGGAAAGGCCGAGUUGCAACCCCAAACUGUCAGAAGAUGCCGCAACAGAUGAAGAUGGUGAUGCGUGCCCAGGAACGUCCGAGCAUCCAGCUCAGGAAAAAGAACUGAGAAAAAAGAUGACAGAGGCCUCAAGGAUCGUAAGACAAGGCCCUGCUGAUGCUGCAAAUCCAAAGACGGCAGCAGAAACUUCUGAGAGUGAUCAGAAUUCAGACUCGAGAACUGGCGAGACUGAGAACGAAGUGCAUGACCAACCAGCAGCAGCAGCAUCAAUGAAGAAACAUCCAAAACCAGGACAUGGGGCAGACCCAUCGAAACCACCGUGCAAGAAGGCCAAGGAGCUCAGACACCAACAAAGACUAGAACGCCUAUCACAGACGGGUACCGAGGUACCACUAGACGACAGAAAAAAGUCAAAUGAACCCAAAUCGCUGGAAGAAUUAAUCCAAGAAGUGGAGAAGGCAUCACAUGGCUGUAAGCAUAAACUAGAGGUUAAACUGGUCCGUUCAAGCCCAGAGAGCAGGCAAUUCAAGGACACGUUUCGAGAAUCUCAUCAAGUUUUUGCCAAGUACCAAAAGAAGAUACACAAUGAACCUGACGAUGAAUGUCAAGAAGAGGAUUUCAAGAGAUUUCUGGUUGAUUCCCCAUUACGAGAGGAGAAUCUACCUGGGGCCCCGGAAUGUGGAUACGGUUCCUUCCAUGAGCAUUUUCUCCUGGAUGGUAAAAUCAUUGCUGUCGGUGUCUUGGAUAUCUUACCUAACUGUGUCUCGUCGGUGUACUUCUACUACGAUCCAGACUAUAGUUUCCUCUCGCUGGGUACAUACUCCGCACUCAGGGAGCUUGAGUUUCUUAGACUUGUACAUCAAGAAUCACCCAAGAUAGACCACUAUUACAUGGGCUUCUACAUCCACUCAUGUGACAAGAUGAGAUACAAGGGUCAGUAUCAUCCAUCAUUUCUCCUGUGCCCAGAGGCGUACACCUGGUGUCCUAUUGAGUGCUGUCGUCCUAAACUAGAGGCUAGCAAAUACUCCAGAUUGGACGAAACAGACGCAGUCGAUGCACCCGUCAACCUGCCAGAAGUCAGGAUACUAUACAUGCAGAUGGCCAUGAGGUACUCCGACUAUCGAGGCUUCGCGCCCAACGCCAACGAUGACGAAGAGGUGUCGGAGUACGCUCAGUUUGUGGGCAAGAAGUGUGCAGGAAGGAUACUGCUGUAUCGACACUGAACGCACACAAAAAAGGCAGGUUUCUCAUUUCAAUUAUUAAGAAAGAGUUUAUUGGCUCUGUCCAUGCACAGAGGUGGCGUUUUGUGACCACUGGCUAUAUCCACUGAUCUCUAUUAUUGACUGGAUAGCUCAUCCCCAUUACACCAUGCAUUAAAGGGAAGAUACAACAUUUGCAAACAUCAA